ACACCGAGAAACCGGUAUUCUUUGUCGUCGAACGGUCAUGAGGGCCUCGAGCACAGUGGCCGGACAUUGGCCCCUUCGUAUACCGAUAUACAAGAACGCGUGUACCUGCUGACCGAUACAAAUUGAUUCUUCAUUUAAAUAGUAUUAAAAUACAAUUCCAAACGCGUUCGACGAACCGCAGGAUCAAGUUAGACGAAUCUUGAAUAAUAAGGAAUUGUGGGAUUUUUUAGAAGGUCGUAUAACGUUGCUUCGCUCAAGUAUUUUCAAGGAACAAAUACUUUUUUAUACCUAUAAUCUCACUACAUGUAUCGCUAUCACGCGUUAUGGAGACCUUAGAUGGCCAAUAUUGCAAUAUAUGUAUAUGUAUAUGUAUAAUAAUCUUGUCAAUGUUUCUCGGUAUUACCAAUAAAUAUUGACCACUCUAAAAUAUUGACAAUUGCUUGAAAUCACCAAUAUAUCGCAGCUUUUGAAAUUCGCAAACAGACAUACACGACCGCGAUAGUUUUGCUACCGAAGCAAAAUGCUCCGUACAUUUUUAGCUGGUUUAAUACAUUGCGAAACGACUUAAAUGUAAUCGUUUUCUAUGAAUAUAGUUAUGUUUCUACGAAUCGUCGCAACAUGGCUACAGAGAUUAGAAUGAUUUCAUAAGCAAAAACAGUCGGUUACGCAAGUUUAGUAUCAUCCUUGCAUCUUCGAUUCAUGAUCAUUUCGUAGUGUGCGCAUCGAGUCAGCAAAUGUCGCAGAAAUGCUUGCAGGACCGUCGACGCAGAGAUCCUAAACGGAACAGUAAUGACAUUAAUGACGGCCCGCUGAAAUGUCAUGUACCGUUUUAUACAUACAAUCGAGGAAGUUCAACGUGUCGUUUUCCUAAUUUAGUGCUCGAUACUGUGUCCAAAAGAAACCCAAGCAUCAUUUUUUGUCCGUCGCAGGAAGAGGGCUCGUAUCAGCCGUCAAAACAUUGUAUUUCUCCGCGUGAUUAUUAUAUCGCGUCAUUUAUCAUGUUUCGUUCUGACGUAAACAAUGUUCCAAUUUUUUAAGAAGCCUGGACAGAAAGACAGGCCCAGAUCUUUACAAACUUCUCCAACAAAAUCAACUAGCUCUGGGAAAUCGUUUGGAGAUGUGUUCAACAGUGGUUCAUCGAUUCAAACACCAACAAGUACACUGUGCAGCCUUGAGGAGGAAGAGGAAGAUGAGACUCUCAAUGGUCAAACAAACGAAACGUGUUCCUUUAGCUCUCAGCUCUCUAAAACGCUUCCACAGAUACUCGCAGAUAAAGGUGCUUUAGGUUAUUUCAUUCAAUUCAUGGAGACACAAAACUGUAUAGCACUUAUCAAGUUUUGGCUCGAGGUGGAAUGCUUAUGCAGUUCCUUUAAUGAUUUGAAGGCAAACGAAUGUGUAAAUUGUUCGGAAAGUACGGACAGGCUUUUCACUUCGAUAGACAGUAACGAAAAUUUUCAUUGUCAAGUAACGCAUAAUAGUGUAAAUGAUAAAGGGAGCAAGAAUGCAUUGAUCAACGAGUAUGUAUGUAGUGAUAACGUAAAAUCAAAUUGCAAAGACAUACCAAAGACUAGUCAAAUGAUAAGCGAAAUGCGACAAUCAAAGCAUAAUUGCAGAGAAAGAGAUCUGACUACUAUUAAACAAGAUGCGACAAGAAUUUAUAAGAAAUAUAUCGCUAAGGAUGCUCUGGGUAUUAACCAGAUUCCUGAAGAUUUUAAACUAAAAAUGGAGAAAGUUCUUACUUGUGAAAACAUCGAGCCUAUGCUAGAGUGCCUAUCGUCUGUGCAAGCAAUAGUAUAUCAGACGUUAGAAAAUGAACAUAUUAAUGAUUUCUUAAGAAGUGAAUUUCACUGUAAACAUCAGAUCGAUGUCCUAACAAGCGGCAAUGUACAAUUGGCCGAUAUAUUGUACAAUGAAACUGCAUUUUUUUAUUUCAUGGAGUUUAUGGAACUUGAAAAUAAACGAGAAUUAUUAGACUUUUGGAUGUCUGCCAUCAGUUACAAACAGAAUUUAUUGGAGAAAAAAGAUGCUGCAGACCCUGAAGAAGCACAAAGCGACGCUUUAAUUAUUUAUGACAAAUAUUUUAGUUUGCAAGCAACGAUGCCUCUCGGUUUUAGCGAUAAAAUUCGUUUUCAAGUAGAACAGAAUAUUUGUCGUGAAGAUGGAGAGGGACCACAACCUGAUUGUUUUGAUAAGCCUUGUAAAAUUGUAUAUAAUUUUUUGAAUAAGCAUUAUCUACCUACUUUCUUAUCAUCGCAGUUGUAUUAUAAAUACUUAUCAGAAUUGAUUAGUACUAUACAAAGCAGUCCAUGCUCAAGUUUACAUCCUAGGCUAAAAAGAGCUGGUUCUGAUUGUAGUAGUGAGGUGAGUUCUGUUAGUAUUAGUAUGCAAAGUACCCUGCAGGCAGGGAAUGAAGGAAAUAGAUUCAUGAAGAAUAAAACAAAUAUUUCGGGCGGUAUGAAUAUUGAUACUAGACAGCUUUAUGAUCCAGAUUCUUUAUGGAAACGUAAUAAAUAUAGUUUGAGCGUCGGUUACAUUGAUGAACUAGGCAGGUUUGUUACCGAAAUUGAGCCAGAUCCUCAAAGAAAAUAUGAAUCUCGACUAACACGUGCUGUAAAAAGACUUGUAAAUAUGGAGCAAGACAAGGCCAAAGAGGAAUUAGCAUGGAAGAUUGCUGAGAUGAUUGUUCGUGAAAUCACCUCUUUGACACAAGGAGCUUCAAAUUUUUCAUCCUGAUGACAGAAAUUACAUCCAACGACAUUAAUUUUAUUACUAGUAUAAUAUAUUUCACACUUUAAGUGUUUAGAGGUAAAUAUUUUAUUCGACGUUAUUUUUUCAAUUUUUGUAGAUCAACAACUGCAUAUUCUGCCAAAGUGCCAAAUUAAGCGAACGUAAAGCGAAUUAUUUUAAUACAUUUAACAAUUAAAUUUAAUGUUUGAACAAAAUGUAAAUUUAUAUUCGUAAACUUAUCCACUUUAAUGAUAAAUAUAUUUUGCCUUCUUUGAUGCGUAUACGGCACGUAUAUUUAAAAUUGAACUUACCAUAAGAUUAAAAUUGUGAUCAAUAUAGAAUUAAUACAUGAAAAUAUGUAAAAUAUUUAUAUUUAAAAAAAGUGUUUUUUAAAACGUAACAUUUCGCUAACAGUUAGUUUCAGAUUUGAGCAGAAAAUUUAUAAAUCGGUCGGUGAGAUGGCGUAAAAGAAAUUAAUAUCAAUGUAAAUACUAAGCUUUCUUGUUUAUUUAAAUUAUCAUGAUUAAUUGUAUAAAAAAAAAAAAAACAAUAAUUUUCAAUAUUCUUUUUGAACGUUUAUGAGAUUAUAAAAGUAUUGAUUUUUAUUGCACAUAACUCGAUGACCAUACUUUUAAGGCGAUGAUAUUAGAAUAUACAAAGCAUAUUGCUUUGUCGUCAAUAGAUGGUAUUACUUCUCCACUUAUUAAACUGCCAAGUAUUUUUAUAGGUUCAUAUAUUUUACGCUUCGUCUUUUAAGAACUUGAAAAAGAUACAUGUGAUAAACGAACGAUUUAUGACAUAUCGCAAAACAAGAUUAGAAUGCAAUAUGUGUUUUAAGAUUUAACGAUUAAGCUGCAAUUUGAACGCAUUAGGAAUCAGUGAAUAUUCGCUGAAGUAAACUUUAUAAUUAAAAUUUAAGUACAAAAUAUCAUUCUGUUUAUUUUCAAUGCAUUCUCUUUAGCAGCGAAAUGUUAGUUCUUUGAAGUAUUCUUCAAACAUAAAGCAUAGGUGUCUACUUGGCAGUAUUUAUUAUAUUUAAUUAUAUAGUACCUAAUGAUGUAUAAAAAAAAAAUAAUUCGUUGUGUUAUUGUAUAGUCAAAUAGGUCUUGACAUAUGAUCAGUCUUAUACAUAUAGCAAGUAUUAGUACGUAACAUUUAACUUUACAUAAAGAUUAUUUUAUUAAAAUCAAAUCUAUUUUUAAAAAAAGGUGUAUAUUAUUGUACUAAGAAAACGAUUUAGACGAUAAUAUGUCAAAUGUAAUAUAUGCAGUCCAAGACUAAUGUUAUAAAAUAUUAGUCAAUCGAAUUUAAUGGUGCAUGUUGGUUCUUUUUAAUACAAAUAUGACAAAAGUUCGUGCAUCGCUUUUUUAGUGCACUUGCAACAGCAAGUUUUACAGUAUUUUGGCAAUCUAUACUAAUUACAUUAUUUAUGUGUAAGCAUUAUUAUGAUCAUGUACAGCAUUCCAAGUUUAAUAUAAAAGAUAAACGAAAAACUUUGCUCUGAUAGUACUCUUCACAUUUAUAUAGAAUUUUCGGUGCUAAUACAAAUAGAAUAUGUUGCCUGAAAACAUAGUCUUCAUACCCUUUCUAAAGCGUAUACGUAAGUAUUAUCCAGAAAAAACGAAUGUUUAUUUAUUAAUAGUGAUGUAUAUAACAAUUUUUAUCAACAACGAGAAGAAUGUUCUGCGAAUAAAACGUGCUAAUCAAACCAUCUGUUUGACAAUUCUACAUAACGCUAUUUUUUCAGGUACGAAUCUUUUAAAGGUGCUUCUUAUCGAUUGUAAAAAAAAAAAUUUCAAUUAUUCACACCGAAAUAUCAAAAUAAGAAAUGUUAGAUGUACGAAAGAA